GCGUCCAACUGGAACCCUGCGAACGCCUUGUCUCAGCCGCACCUCGCCGAGCUCGCCUAGAAAUUUCCCCAGCAGACGUCAUCUUCCUUCCUUAGUGUUUGGAUCAUUAACACAUAUUCGUAAUCCCUUUUCUCGCCGCUCACACCAACCAUGGCCGACCGACGAGACGGGCAAUCCCGCCGUGGAGGCGAAAGACCAUCGUACGACAACAGAGAUAGACGGCGCGAUCGAGAUGGCGGUCGGGAGCGCGAUGACAACGGUCGGCGUCAACACGGUGCUCGUGACCAUGGUAGGGAUAGAGAUCGGGAUAGAGACCACCGGCGGUAUCGAUCACGCUCCCGCGACCGAGGCGACCGCCGCCGCUCCCGCUCCCCAGGCCGCGAUCGGGGUUAUGCUCCGCGCGACACGAACCGUGACAGGGAAAAGGACAGAGGGCACCACCGACGGCGCGAAGAUAUUCGGCCGGAUCCGCAACGAGAGCGCGGGGAUAGGAGCGUAAGAGGCGAUCUGGAGCGUCCGGAAAGAGACCAACCGCGACGCGAUAGGGAAGACCGCAACACCACAGAAUCACCACGACACGCAGCGAGCCCUAGGCGAGGCCCAAAUCGAGACAACGAAGAAUACCAGCAACUCCCCACCCGUUCAAAACCCAGCAGCGCAGCCGCUUCUACGCCAACAGCACCCGUCUCCUUUAAGGUCAAGGGCCGGGACGGCAGCCACGGCCCCGAACAGCAACAACAACCCACAUCAACACGGGAAAGCAGCCAGGAGCAGCAGCGACACCAGGAUGACGGAGACCGGCACCAAUCCAGAGGACGGUUUGACGCAGAACCCAUGGAUGAGGACGAAGAGGAGGAUGUCAUGGUUGAAGAUGACGGUCUGGACGACAUGGCUGCAAUGAUGGGAUUCGGUGGGUUUGGUACAACAAAGAAUAAGAAGGUGCUGGGGAAUAAUAUGGGCACUACAAGGAAGGAGAAGAAGACGGAGUACAGGCAGUACAUGAACCGCCAGGGAGGGUUCAACCGGCCGCUCAGCCCAAGUAGGUAGGGGC